AUGGCCGAUGCUGCCCUUCCCUUCUCCAACGCCAUGACCCCGGAACCCGGUUUUAGCGCAAAAGAUUCGCAACUGCAUAAAAACCAGGAUGCUGUUCUUGAUUCCCCUAUCUACGAGAUCUAUGAAGGAUGCCAUUUGCGAAGGUCUGUCGGUUACUGCUGCCUGGAAUGUCGAUCCGUUUGCGAUACACUAAGAUUGCUGGAAAGCAACAAAGCAUUCUGA